UAGAAAGCACUGAGAGGAAACACAGCUUAAGAAAAAGUGAUACUUUCACAUUAACUAUUAACCAGAUUCAAACAAGCUCGAGCACACUUCAAGUGAGGGUAACUUGUUGGGCUGUUGAACAAGAAGGAGCACCAGAGUGAAGAAUAGGCAUGGGGAUACUCUAUUCAGAGCCCAUCUGUCAGGCAGCUUAUAACAACGAUUUCAACAAAGUUCAUCUCCUUUUGGAGAGCAACAGCAACUAUUUGAAUGUCCAGGACAGCUUCCUUGGAGACACCCCCUUAAUUUGUGCAUGUAGAAAAGGAAACAACAGGAUAGUUAACUAUCUUCUUAGGAAACAUGCUGAUGUCAACCUCAGAAAUAAGAAGGACUGCACUUGCCUGCACUAUGCUGUGAGGAAACGGUUCACCUUCCUUGACUAUGUGCUCAUCAUAAUCCUCAUGCCAGUUAUGCUUAUUGGGUACCUUCUCAUGGUCUCAAAGACAAAACAGAAUGAACACCUGGUCAAGAUGUUGCUUAGAGCUGGAGUCGAUGUGAAUGCUACAGACUCUUCUGGCAGCACAGCCCUUCACUAUGCUUGUGAAAUGAAAAACCAGGCAGUCAUUCCUUUACUGCUUGAAGCUCAUGCAGACACUUCUGUAAAGAAUCAGGAUGGGGAGACUCCCUUAGAUAUAGCAAGAAGAUUACAGUUCCACAGCAUUGAAAGCAUGAUAAGAAAAGAUUCUUAGCCAUCAAGAACUCUCAAACAUGUAGAAAAUUACCUCAUCUGAAAACCCACCUUUCACAACAGCAGAAGUGCUGCAGAGGAUGGGGGCUGAUACUUGAUAAAGACUCAGUCCACAUCCACCCAUUCCUUGCUGCAGACUUGGACAAUUUUGUGUGAGAUUUAUGAGUACCCCAAGGCCAUGAAGUUCAUUUUAUUUUACUAAGCCAUGAAUUACUACAAUAGUGUUCAAAAUAUUGUCCUUUCCAUCUGCUUCAUCAGUUUUAUUACUUGACUUCUGCAGCCUGUGGAUUUUGAAAGCUAGCUAUAAAAUAUCUGGAAGCCUAAACAUUGCAUAUGAUGGUUGGCAGCCACUGCAAAAAUAAAAUAUCCUUUAGAGUGUGUGCUCCUUGUUCCAUAGGGAAACUAAACAAUAUGCUACAGCAGUUAUAAAAGGUCUGGUACCCUUCUUCUUAGUAUUUAUCUUCCUACAAUGGGAGGGGCUGGGAAAACAGAUCUCUCAGUUGAGCCCUUCCUCCUUCCAUCCUUCCUAGAAUUUUCACACACCUUAAUUCUCCCUGCGUUGCUACAAUGGUAGGACUUAGGUUUCAUCUGAGAAACAGCAAAAAGAGAUUCAAUGCCUUGCUGGAUUAAGAAAGAAAGUCAAUUCCCAGAUCACUUUAAUGCAUUAAGAAAUAGUAAAGAAAAUAUG